CUUCCUGACACCGGUUCCCCCGGUCCAAUCAGUGCCGUCCAGCUGCGUUUAUUAGCGGCUUCAGACGGCGCGGCUGCUGUGAGCUCCAGACCUCCGCCGACCACCGUGGAUAAGUAGCUGCAGCGGCCCGACUCGGAGCCCUCGCCCCCGGCUGAUGCGACCAUGGCCAGGACCGGGUUCUGCGACUCCAAGCCUCUGUUGGACUUACACAAGAAGGCGGAUGACAGGAGAGUUCCACUGAGAACCCGGGCGAACGCGUGCGGGCCAGUAGACCGGCGUCAUCCCGCAGAGACGGACGAGUCCAGGAUGGCCCCGGCUAAAACGGAGACGGAAAGCAGCAGAUGGGAAAGGAGGUUGUCGGCCCAAACGAGUGAGAGCAUCAUCCUGGGAUUCCAUGUGGACAGCAAGGCGAGCUCUGCAGAAACUGUGGCUGAUGAAUGUGUUGAGAAGUCGGUGCUGCUUUACCCUCACGGGCUGCAGGGUCUUCACAGCCUGCAGGCUCUGGUUCCCAGCUUACUGCGCCAUGAGGUGGAGCUGGCGCUCGAGAAACUGGACCUCAUCUGGGACAGGACAUAUGCCUGGGAUAUGUUUUUGGACAUGAUGAGGACUCAAACACAGAACUCUCUCCCAAACGCUGACCUCCCUCGCCAAUUCACUGAUGCUACCCGAGGUAUCCUGGUGGACUGGAUGGUACAAGUUCAUGAGCUGCUGCACUUCCAAGAAGACACCCUCUAUUUGGCCGUUCACCUCCUCAAUCACUCCCUGCGACAGCUCAAGGUGACCACCGCAAACCUGCAGCUCCUUGGUAUGGUUUGCAUAUUUAUUGCUGCGAAGAAAGAGGAGAGCCUCCUCCCACAGGUGUCUGAUCUCUGCAGCUUAAUGGACCACGCCUACACCAAACACCAGCUGAUGCGGAUGGAGCGCCGGCUCCUCUGUGCUCUGAAGUUUGACCUGUCUCACUGCCCCCCUUUGCAUUUCCUCCUCCUCUUCGCCUCGGUUGGCCGCUGCAGUGCCAUGAUGGUGUGGACGGCCCGUUAUCUGCUGGAGUUGGCUCUGCUAGAGGCCCAGUGUGUGGUGUUUCUACCCGUCCAGCUGGCCGGAGCGGCCCUCUGCUUGGCUCGCCACGUUCUCCAGGAGUCUCCAACCCCAGAGGGGGAGGCGGCCUGGUGUCUGAUCUCCAGCAUCCAUGUAGGCAGUGAAACAACUAUUCUAAGGAUCAUGCAGAUUCUAGCCACUGCUGCCUCCAGGGUCCAAACCCACGAGAACUCUGCUACUUUUAUGAAAUUCUCCUCCCCAGAGAGGAUGGGUGUUAGCAGACACCCAGGUCUGAGGAAUCCUGCUGGGCUGUUGGGUCUAUGCUCUUCACAAGCCCCUCUCAAAGGAACCAAAUUACACUUGUGAGCUCAAACCUGUAGUAGUGAAGAAAUUGAAAGAAAAAAAGAAACUUUAAGAUUCAAGCCAAAGCAGAACAUUCUUGGUUAUGGAUCAUCUGAAGCUGUAAGUGUUGUGAUUGUUGUUGGGUAAGAAAGGUGUGGUUGGUGUCCGGUGUUGCUGUUUGUGAAUUAGCCCGUGUUUUAUGAUCUUAAAUUUAGAAAAUACUAGAAUUUAGAAAAUACUAGACUUUUUCCUGACGUUUUCUUGUUACUUGUGGAGAGAAUGUGACCUGUCUGUCAAGUUUUGAGAAAGUUUUAAUGUAAAAAUAAAGUGCCCGCUGCAAUGUUUUGAGA